AUGACGGCCGCCGAUCAGGUCCGGCGGCAGAGCGGCGGCCCACUGGACAAGAAUACGUUGACCCUUAACAGCACAGCUCAGCUGAUUCACGGUGUGGAGCUCUCUAAGGAUCAAACUGGAGUCACUGCAAAGGUGGUGCUCUCUAACAAGGUGCUGCUUGUCUUCUUUGAUGGCAACACGGCACAAAUCCACUUAAAAGCACCUGGUGGAAAAGAUCCGUCUCUGCAGGGUUUGUGUGCCAACUCCAGUGUUCCUUUGAGCUCAGUGAGGCUCCCUGCUGCUUACAGUGCCAGUGGCUGUGAGGUGCAUUACAGUGACUCUGCUGACAGUUUGAUCAACUGCACCAUGACGACUGAACGCUGUAAUCUCCUGAAUGAGGCUCCCUUCACCGCCUGUCACAACUACACCAACCCAGAGCCCUACAUAACCGCCUGCACCGAAACUAUGUGCAAUUAUCCUCCGGCAGACGGUCUACACUGCCAGUUCCUGGAGGCCUACGCCAGAGCCUGCAGCCUGUACAGCUCCAACACACUGGAGGACUUGAUGUCAGAGGCCGGCUGCUCACCUCCUCAGGCUUUCUGUCAGGGCAAGAUGUGCAGUGCUCACGAGUUCUGUGCCGAGAACACGGGAGGUGAACCCAGCUGCUUCUGUCGGGCCAUUUUUGCCUCUCCGUACACAUCAGCAGGCACUUUCGGUGAUCCAACGAUCUGCAUGCAGAACUCUGCUUCAGUUACUCUGGUCGGUUGUCUUCUGGAGGAAAAAGGCUUCAACUAUUCGGCCUUGCACCUCAAUGACCAGACCUGCACGGGUCAGGUAGACGAGCAGACCCACAUGGUGACCUUCAGCUUCAACAGCAGCAACACCUGUGGGGCGGUGGUCACGAUUAACAACAGCCAAAUAUUCUACAUGAACACCAUCAAGAGCCAGAACAGCUCCUCUGACGUCAUCACUCACCAGGACCAGGUCUACAUCAACUUCUCCUGCUUCUAUACUCAGCCAGACGUCAAGACUGUGGCCUUCAGAAUCAUGGACCACUCUGUGAUCCAGCAGAUCACAUCUGGACCUUGGAAUUACACUGUGACCAUGAAGGCCUACACCGACGCCGGCCUCACACAAGCUGUGGAGUUGAGCACCGAAGUCCAGCUGAACCAGAAGAUCUGGGUGGAGCUAAAGACUGACGGGCUGGAUGGUGGCUUGGUUACCGUAGUGACCGACUCCUGCUGGGCAACCAAUCAGGCCUCGCCCAGCGGGAGACCAAGAUACGACCUGAUCAUUAAGGGCUGUGCGAACCCCACUGACCGGACGGUGCAGGUCAAGGGAAACGGACUGGGACCGUCCAACUCCUUCUCCUUCAACAUGUUCCGGUUCUCUAGUAACUCUGGUGACGUCUACCUGCACUGCAAACUCAACCUGUGUGUCAAACAGAACAACAGCUGCGCUCCGAUUUGUAACGGAGGUGCUCGGAGACGCAGAUCUGCCAGGGUGCAAUAUGAAGCCGACUCCUCAGCCUUCAUCACCAUGGCCUGGACACAUUAGGUUGUUUCCACGGUGACUCGGACUGAUUGACAGGCUGUCGACCUUCCAGGGCCUGGGUGUGGGCAUCUUUCGGUGAUUUUAUUUAUCAAAUUAUCAAAAAACAUAUCGCUACAUGGUGAAGGGAAGUGUGUGUGUAGGGAAACUUGGGAUUAAUGACAUGUAUAUACUAUAUACAUGUAUAUACUAUAUACAUGUCAUUAAUAUAUUAUAAAACAAAUAACAGAGGAAAACAGUGAUUUCAGUACAACUGCAGCAUUAACACAUUACGAUUUACAGAUUCCAGUUCAAUCAAAACUGUAAUUUAAAGACCCAAUCUGUGAAGCCGCAUGAUACCAAAAACUCAAAAACACAAUAUUAGAUCAUUUUCACUGUCCACUUUUCUGCAACUCAGGAAAUCAACUAAAAGUAAAUAUGAAAUGAUUUAAUAAUGUGGAAAAUUUAUUUUGUAAACACUGGUUUAAAAGUUUUAAACAUAUUUUAUAAACUUCACAUUGUGUGAUUACACCUAAAAUUUACAUACAGACUCCUUAACGUUUGUUCAAUCAAAACUGUGACCUUCAGGAUGCUGGGGAAAUGUGUUGUUUCAUUUUUAUUAUGUUACUAUUGUUAUCAAUCAAAAUUAAA